UCUUAUCAGUAAAAGUUCAACCAAGCCUCCCGUUAGCAGAGAUGUGUCAGCUGCAUCAUCCUGUAAGUAUAGCUUUUUAUCUGCCCUUCUCUCCUCCCUCUUCAAUGUCUCCUUCUGUGAAACUCUUUGAUGUGAAGGAAACACGGUUCAUAGUUCACUGUUGCAGAGCCUCAAUGAACUGUCCUGCUCCUGGUUCUCUGUGAACCUGCGGCUGCCCUGACUGUGAGGUACAGUAACUUUCCGCUUGUUUUUGAGUUAUUCAUGACCUCUGAGCCCUUUUCCCCAUGCUCAAUUACCCCCCCCCAGUCUCCAUUUCUCCUCCCUUGUCUCCUGCUCACUUUAUUAUUGACGGAUGUCCUGCGCAGGCGUUUUCAUCCAUGUGUUGGAGCAGCUUUGCAGGAUGCAUUCAGGAGUGUGUGUGGGUGGGUGUGUGUGGUUGUGUGUGUGUGUGUGUGGGGUAGUUCCUGCCCAUCUGUCGGCUGCAUUUCUCUCAUUCAGGGUGAGGUGAAGGUUUGUUUUUCACCAUCAUGCUAGGGGAAGGUGUCUCCCAUCUAGAACGAUCAAUUUGCUUCCUUCCUCUUUGGUGCUCAUAACACGACGCCUCUGCUCUCAGGCAGCAGGCCAGGAGCUUCCGGACACUGUUGUGGAGCCUUUAUUAAUGCCCAUUUACCUGAACUGGACGACUCAGCAAUGACACAGUUUCCCUUUGAUUUUCACUGCUUCUUAAAUAUGUCACGAGGAAUCGGAAAAGUACGGUGGCCCUGAAGGUCUCAACAAAGCAACAUUUGCAAAAACCACAAAAUCACAUAAAACAAAAAUGUUUCUGAAAAUACAACAUUUUGCAAUCUAACAAAAAACUACAACAUUUCCCAAAACACAAAAUAAUUUGCAGGAUGCAAAAUGACUUAAUACAUUACUGCAUCAAAAUUAAACAACACACUGAAUUUCACACACAAAAGGAGAACACAACAUUUCAUCUUUGAGUUGUUGUUUUUUCUUCUUAGAUUCAUACUUAGAUUUUUGGUUAUCAACGACUCAAAGGUUCCCUCAGGGCCACCGGGAGUAAAGCUUUAGAAAUCCUGAAGCAGAAUAUGAGCGAUAACUCCCUUGAUAAGAUUGAAUCUUAAUGAUGAGGGCACAGCUUGUUUAUCCAACAAUAAGCUGGUCUUCCAGCUUCCUCUCAGACUGUUUCCUCCAUCCUGAAGAGGGCUGAAGAGGAGGAAAGCGUUGGUGGGGGAAGUCUGAAGCUCUUACCCCUGGACAGCCAGGCACGUACCGCAUCUCCCCGAGGGUCCCUCAUAUAUAUUUUCUCAGCGUGGCACAAAAACACACUGUGCUUUCCUGCCAUUACUUCACUCAGAGCAAUGGGGGUUUAAAAAAACUAAUAGUCCACUAAAAAUACCUGGAGCCCGGGGCCUGGGCCAGGGCCUUUCCUGCGCUGCUUCCAGUGUACGCGUGGGCCAUUGAGGAAAGAGGAAGUGAGCAAAUCUGGAUGUAUGGGGGCUUCCUGCGCGACGUUAUAAAGAGUCCCCUCCCUCCAGCCUCUCCUCACAGUGCUGGUCAGAAACACUAGAGGCUGAUAAGGAGACCCUGCUUUACAUCUCUGUAGACUGAGCUGAGGGGGUUUGAAGGCAGCACGGGGAACGUUAGAUCUCGUCCCUGCUGGUCGGGGUACGAGUAGGGAGCUGGUCUCACCUAACAGCAGUGUCUGGGACACUCCUGUUUAUUUAUUCUAUCAGUUACACAGAGAUUUAAAUGAUGGAAGUGUUGGAGGGAUACCGUGCAGACAGAGUGCAGAUGAUGAGGUCUUCUGCCCCCGCUGAAGGAUACGUGAAAGAGUUCACCCGCCACUCCAAUGAUGUGCUGCUCAACCUGAACGAACUCCGGCACCGCAACAUCCUGACUGACACCACCCUGGUCGUCGGCAAUGUCCAACUGCAGGCACACUGUGCAGUGCUGGUGGCUUGCAGUGGGUUCUUCUACUCGUUUUACUCCCGCUGUGUGCCUCUUCAGGGGCGUGGUGGCAGUGGAGGGCAGCUCAUGACCAUCUCCCUCCCCGACACCUUAGACCCAUCCUGCGUGUCCCUGCUGCUCGACUUCAUGUACACCUCCCGCCUCCCUCUGACUCCCAGCACCGUCCCAGGGGUGCUCACUGUGGCAGCCCACCUGCAGAUGGACCAUGUGGCAGAUACCUGCAGGGACUUCAUGCAGCUGCACUGCAGGGAGAAUACGAGUGCAAGACACCCACAAAUGGAGCAGGACUCCAGGGUGUCUGUAGCUUGUGUUGCCCCUAAAGGAGGGGACCUGCCCGGACCUGGACCCCAGAGAUGUCUCCCAACAGCAGUGGCAACAAGGGUCCCUGCGGAUGUCGGUGGCUCUCUGAAGCCGGGGGCUUUCCUGACCUGCCAGCCCGGGUCAAACAAGCUGAAAGGAGAGCCUGAGUCGCCCCCCAUCGGCAGCCCUACUCCAUCUCCAGACAGCCCCACACGCUCCAGCUGCCAACCAAAUUCCCCUGCAGAAUCCAACACCUGCAACAAGAACCUUGUGGGGGAUAUCAAAGCCAAGCCGGAUCCAAAGGCUUGCAACUGGAAGAAGUACAAGUACAUCGUCCUCAACCCGCUCUGUGCAUCCACCACGGUGAAGGAGGAAGAGGUGGAGGAAGCACAAAGCCACACAGCACCUGAGGGCGACAGGAUUGGCUCAACACUAAAAGUAGCGACUACAGAGGCGUGGUCUGGAGAAGUGCCUGGUCAGAUUGAUAGACAGGGGCAGGCCUCCUGCUACGAGGGUUCUGGCCGAGCCCCUCCCCUCGGGCCACUCCCCUCUGUGCCUCCCCUUCAAAAAGAAGGAGCAGUCUCCCCCUGCAUUUACCCACACCUGCACCCCACUGAUGCUGAAGCUUCCCGCCACACCCAACACGCAAUCAAGAGUGAGAACUACUAUGCUCCCUUCUGCUAUUCUGGAAACCUCCACGCAACCAAGACUGUCUGCUCAGGUGACAAACCGUACCGCUGUAACGUGUGCGGCGCCCAGUUCAACAGACCGGCCAACCUGAAGACUCACUCCCGUAUUCACUCAGGAGAGAAGCCGUAUCGCUGUGACACCUGUGGAGCUCGAUUUGUCCAGGUUGCCCAUCUGAGGGCCCACGUUCUGAUCCACACCGGGGAGAAACCGUACCCCUGCCACACCUGCGGGACCCGCUUCCGCCACCUGCAAACCCUGAAGAGCCACCUGCGCAUUCACACCGGAGAGAAACCGUAUACUUGUGAGAAGUGUGACCUUCACUUCCGCCACAAGAGUCAGCUGCGUCUGCACCUGCGGCAGAAACACGGAGCCGUCACCAACACCAAGAUCCGCUACAAGGUCCUGACCGAGCCCUACCAGGCUCUGCUGCAGGCCUGCUGAGGAGGGCAGACCAGUGUGUCAGGAUAAUACCUAAAAAAGGAUCUUCAUUGAUAAGAAAAUGAGAAAAUUAGUUAACAAAAUAUAAAUGAUUGGCAACAAGGGUUUGAAUGUAAGGUGCUAUCUGACAACCUACAAAUAACUUUUAAAAGCAGCACAUUGUUGGAUGGGACUUGGAGUGAAGAUUUGUAAGGUCCACAAGAAAUCUGGGUUGUCUUGUCUGAGAUGGAGAUAAUGUUCAGGAACGUGUUUUUGAAGGUUUGUGAAGGUGUAGAGAGAGGGGAAGAAGAAAUUGAAGAAGAAGGAGACAUAUUUUAAGGAUGCAUGUCGCUGGAUUUUGAAUGUGCAUGUUGGAACGAAAGAGAAAGCAAGUUCUAAGAAGGGUGUUCAUUUUCAUUUGUGUUAAGUCUGGAGAUGCACUUAAUCUUUGUUAAGUUACAGCAGUUUCCUCUGACCUACAUAUUUAACUCAUAUUUAACUGAACCUUUAGGCCUGGGGCCUGCAUGUAUCAAGAGAAAGAAAGGAUGAAGUGAAUUCUUCUCAAACAGUCCAGGCAGGACUUAGCUGUCUUAUAGUGAAGUAGAAUUGUUAAAUGAGAUUUAGUUUUCUAAGAUGAGCACUGAGAAAAGAUGAUAAUGGCAUUCAUUAUGUAUGUGUAUGGGUUCAUUUGCUGGACAAAGAUGGUUUUGUACAAUUUAAAUUAAAUCUUUUUUUUAAUAUCAA